AUGGAAUUAAUCCUCCCAUUAAGAGAGGGAGAGGUAGACCAACAAAGGGUGGUAGCAAAGGUGCUAUGGGAGGUUCAAAAAAAGAAGUUUGAAGUCCUUAACUCUAUAGACCCUGAGAGUUUGUUAGUUGCUGAAGACUCAGGUAAGAAGCAACGAGUAGCUUCUCUUGGAGUGACUAAGAUCAUCCAAGACCUGAAGCUAAAAAAGAAAGAGCAUGUUGAAAAGCAAAAGAAAGUGUUGAAAUGGGCUCGUAGCUGUCGAAUCAGCAUUUUGUGUAUGCUUGAAACCAGAGUUAAGGAAAGCAAUGCUGGGGAUAUUGUGCAUCAGAAUUUCAGUGACUGGGAUUCGUGUUGCAACUACAAUCACUCAACAAAUGGUCGCAUCUGGACUCUUUGGCAUAGAAGUUUAAACUGCACUAUUCUUUCUGUGUUUGAUCAGAGCAUUUCUUUGAAGAGUUCUUUUAGGGGGAAGGAGUUUGUUAUAUCUGCAGUUUAUGGUUUAAAUGAAGGGUGCCCUCGAAGGCAACUUUGGAAUCAAUUGAGCUCUGUGGGGUGUACUGUUGGGAAAUUACCUUGGUUAAUCGGAGGAGACUUUAAUGUCAUCCUAAACACCGAGGAAAGCUCGACUACUGUAAGUGCGGCAACCAAUGCAGAUAUUUCUGAAUUUCAUAAUUGUGUGGAUGAUUUGGGAGUGUUUGACCAUCCUUACACUGACUCCCGGGGAUUCCUCGGAUCACUGUCCAGCUCUGAUUUGGCUCCAGCUGUGGGUAACCCUGCUCAAGUUCUCUUUUACAAACUAAAAAGACUUAAAGGCUGCCUCAAGGAGUUAAACCGAGAAUAUUUCAAUGACAUAUCUAAUCGAGUCAAGCUGAAUAGAGAGGAUUUGAUGAAUAUCCAGCUGGCUAACCUGAAUUCUGCUCAUUCUAGUAGUAACAUCGCCUCUGAACUGGAAAUUGGCAAGGAGCUGCAAGCCCUUGAAGAAGCUGAGCUGCUCUUUUAUAAGCAGAAAGCUAAAGCAGAUUGGAUUAAUGAGGGGGACCAGAGGACUCGUUUUUUUCAUUCUAUGGUGGCAUGCAAAAGGAAAUCAAACACAAUUAGGGUGCUUUACAAUCAGGAUGAGCUAAGAUUGGACACAUUUGAAGAUUUUUCAAAUGAGGUGAUCGAUUUUUUCCAGAGGCAACUGGGGGUUGCUGACCGAAAUAUCACGGGCAGUAAUGUUUAA